AUGAGAAGAUCGCGCAACAGGGAGACACCGCUAGUAAGCAGCUUGUUCCCACAGUUCCCUGUGCGGCCCCAGUUCUCUGUGCAGCCCCAGUUCUCUGUGCAGCCCCAGUUCUCUGUGCAGCCCCAGUUCUCUGUGCAGCCCCAGUUCUCUGUGCAGCCCCAGUUCUCUGUGCAGCCCCAGUUCCCUGUACAACCCCAGUUCUCUGUGCAGCCCCAGUUCUCUGUGCAGCCCCAGUUCUCUGUGCAGUCCCAGUUCUCUGUGCAGCCCCAGUUCCCUGUACAACCCCAGUUCUCUGUGCAGCCCCCUCAGUUCAUCCCGGCACAGCAGCCACAGGUUCCACCCCCGCCACCGUGGUACCCUGUUUAA